CUAUUUAAACACUCCAGCAGGAGCUCACAAAUUUUUACUUUGCAGAAGUCCUUGACUGCUUCACUCUCUCCUUCUUGGAAUGAAUUCAGAAAUGACUUUUGAUGACUUCAAGAACAAGACUAUGGAGGAUCAACCUGACCAGGAGCCAAAUGGAAAGAAAGCUAAAGGUCUUCAUUUUCUUUCUUCUCGGUGGUGGUGCCCUACUGCUGUGACCCUGGGGAUCCUUUGCUUGGGAUUACUGGUAACCCUUAUAAUACUGACAAUGCAAUUUUUACAGGUGUCUGAUCUCCUAAAGCAACAGCAAGCAAACCUCACUAACCAGGAAAUUAUCCUGGAGGGACAGAUCUUAGCACAGCGCCAGAUAGAAAAAGCUUCCCAGGAGUCAGAGAGGGAACUCAAAAAAAAGAUAGAAAUCCUUACCCAGAAGCUGGAUGAAAAUUCCAAAAAACAGAUGGAACUUCAUCAGCAGAACCUGAAUCUCCAAGAGGCUCUGAGGAAAGCAGCAAACUUUUCAGGUCCUUGUCCCCAAGACUGGCUCUGGCAUGAAGAAAACUGUUACCGAUUUUCCUCUGGCCCAUUUAAUUGGGAAAAAAGCCAGGAGAACUGCUUGUCUUUGGAUGCCCAGAUGCUGAAAAUUAAUAGCACAGAUGAUUUGGAAUUCAUCCGGCAAGCAAGUGCCCAUUCCAAUUUUCCGUUCUGGAUGGGCUUGUCUCUGAGGAAACCCAGCAGCUCAUGGCUCUGGGAGGACGGCUCUCCUUUGACGCCCCACUUGUUCAGACUCCAGGGUCCUGUUUCCCAGAUCUAUCCUGCAGGCAGUUGUGCCUAUCUACAAAGAGGAGCUGUUUUUGCAGACAACUGCAUUUUAACGGCAUUCAGUAUAUGUCAGAAGAAGGCGAAUCUAUUGAGACAACAGUGAAUUCAAAGACUCCGGAAGAAGAGAGAAGAAGAAUUCUCUUCUGGAAUUUAAGUUGUCCUUCAUUAAUGAGGUGCAAACUAUGAGAGGCCCGAGAACUGCUUGUUAUUAGCUGACGGCAGAACGCCUUAGCAGAGACUGGGCUUUUGGCUGCCUAGCACUUUGAUAUCAGAAAUUUGAAUUCCAUCUUUCUCUCUUUCUGUGUUUUUCACCUAGAUUGUCCCAAGUCUCCCUGCCUUCCCUUUUUUUUUUUUUUUUUUUUUAUUUUAAAGUCUUACUCCUCUUCAGUCCUCUACCUCAGUACCACCUUCCUCUCACCCUCUUGAACCACGUAGAAGAUGGAACACGGAGAACUUGCCCAACUGGUGGAUGCCUGGAAAAAUGCAUGCGAACACAGCCCGAGAAGAAACAGAAAAGGGGAAAAGGCCAUGCUCGAAUCCAGAAACUUCAGAAACUUGGGUUCUCAAUGUUAAAAUCUACCACUUGUUGGUCUUUUAAAUUGUGAUCUUUCUCUGGAUUCCACUAAAUACACACAUGUGUACACAACACCCCCUCCCCCACAUCAUCACAUUUUUGGGGACAUUUGUGACGUCCCAGGAGGUAAUUACAAAGUGAAUGAUCUUUCCAGCGAAUUAAUCACAAUUCAUUAUUGGUUUCAAAAUCUGUAAUUAUUUUUUCAUCUUUUAUCAAAGGACAGCUUAAUCUCUUUAAUCCUUCAGAAUAGUUUUGUUAGAAACAUGGGGCCUGAGGUAAAAAUAAUAGAUUUAUUUUUUUCCUUAACUACACACCAUUUGUAAAUGAGCUCUCCUCAACUCUGUUGUGUUACUGCAGAAACACACAGGACAAAAAUAGGAAGAUACUCAACUAAAAAACAAACUGAGCCAGGUAUGGAAAAAUAGCUGAAUAGAAACAGGUGGAAUCAGAAGUAUUCCUUCUAUUUUCAGUGUUUUUAUUGCCUUGCUACCUUCCUUCACAGGUUGUUUUACUUUUUAAAGGAAGCCUUUCCAUUUUACUGUACAUAAUCCAGCACCAACUUUAUAAAAAAAAAUAAAAAGUUUUAUCAUUCCUAGGAA